GCGUCUACAGGUCCGCUGAUGACAGAGCGCGUCACACCGCGUCGAGAUGAGCGUCUAAUUUCUCUGACCCCUCGCGCCUGAUAACACGCUUUUCAUCGUCGCGUGACAGGUGAAGGAAUUAAAGCAGUGCGAGAAGAAAAUCGCGCGAGCUCAUGUGGAUGAUUAUACAGACCGGGCUGAGCCGACAGUCAUUGACCCCUCAAAGUCAAUAACAAGAGAGAGAGAAGAGCGAAGUGACCGUCCACAAGAUCCUGCAUGAGAGAACAUUGACAGCUUUGUUGGAGUCCACGUGAGAUGAGGCGGUUUUCUCAGAGGAGAAUGAGGACAUUGAUGGCGCUGUGCUGCGCUCUGACUUUCUCAAUGUUGGUGUUGAGUUGUACGCUCGGAGAACCCUCGCUGUACUUCUUCAGAUUGGUGGUGGGUCUGUCCGACAGCUCGUGUGCCUGUUCACGCUGCAUCUCUCACCUGAAUCCCCAGCGUGAUGAGGACGGCUGGUUUAUGGAGCGUUUCAAUGAGUCCUUCAAGCCGCUGCUGUCCAGAUCCAACAGUUUCAUCUCAGACGACACGUACAGAUGGUGGCAGUGGCUCCAGGCAGAGAUGAAUCCCUCUAAUCUGAGCUCAGUGUUGGACAGAUUAUUCCAGUUGAUCCCGGCUGAUGAACACUAUGAUGAUGGCGGUCCACAUCGCUGUCGAAUCUGCUCUGUAGUGGGAAACUCUGGGAAUCUCUGGGAGUCUCAUUAUGGCUCGGACAUCGAUGCCAGUGAUUUUGUCAUACGAAUGAAUCAGGCUCCGACAGAAGGUUUUGAGAGAGAUGUGGGCUGUAAGACCACUCAUCACGUCUUGUAUCCAGAAAGCGCUGUUGAUUUGAAUAAUUCCACAAGUCUUCUUCUCAUUCCCUUUAAAACUCUGGAUCUGGAGUGGAUCACCAGCGCGCUGACCACCGGAAACAUCUCACACACGUAUGUACCUGUCAUGUCUCACAUCAGAGCCAAUAAACACAAGGUGUUAAUCUACAGUCCCAGCUUUAUGAAGUAUGUGUAUGACUCGUGGCUGGAGGGUCAUGGCAGAUAUCCUUCCACUGGCUUUCUCUCUCUCAUGUUUGCGGUUCAUGUCUGUGAUGAGGUGAAUGUGUUUGGAUUCGGUGCGGAUCCGGAUGGAAACUGGCAUCAUUACUGGGAGAAGAACAUGCAGGGAGGAGCGUUUCGACACACCGGCGUUCAUGAUGGAGAUUAUGAGUACAACAUCACACUUCUGCUGGCAGACAAACACAAGAUCACUCUCUACACAUGAACACACACAUACACAUCAGCAUUGAUUUAUACAAACUGAGCGUUAUGGACUUUUGAUUUGCUUUUACUGCCAAAUUGAAUAUCAUUAAAUAUCAUAUCAGAAAUGAAUGACUAAAUCUCCAGAAUGUAUUUAUGAAUUUAUAAUAUGUGAUGUGUUCAUACUUUGCAUAAGUGCCUCGUGUUUGUAGUCAAAACUCAGAGAAAAGUGCCUUCAGAUGUGUUUUACAUCAAAUAAAAGUCAUUCAUGCGUGUACGUUAAUUCAGUUCGACUGGAUAUGAAAUCAUAAUAAUGAAAGACUGUUUUAAUCCUCAUGAUCCACAAAAGAUCUGUUGUGUUGUAUUCUAUCAGUAUAGCAUUUACUUUACUAUCAUGUGUCAUGAUUGUGAUUGUGUAAAUAUUGUAAUGGAUAAUGCAGUCUGGGGCUUGUGGUCACUUGUUGAGUGCACAAAUGGGUUUUCCUCAACACCGGUCUUAUGUUUUGCUCUUAAACAUCAUGUUAAAAAAUUCCCGUGAAGCAGAAUGAUUGUGUUUUACCUGUAAACUGAAAUUGCAGAAUUGGUAGCUAUACUUUAUUUGGUCAUGAGGAUGCUGUUGUGUGUUCAUGUGUUUACCUGUAGAGGGCGCUGCAGACUGCUGAUGUAUGCGCACACUUGAAGACCUCGUCAUUUCUGACACCAGAGUCAUACUCAAAGUGCCUGCACACAUGAAGAAAGUCUUACUUUGACUACUGACAAUGAAUGUGGUGGUGUAGAAAGACAGGUGACACUAUCAGCUGUCUGAGGAUAUCAGCAUCAAGUCAGACUGCAUCACUUUCACCUGGUGUUUGUUUAACACGCCCUCUUACCUUUACAUGUGUGUGUGUGCGUGUCUUAUCACUCCUUUAAUAAUACACAUCUGUGUUUCUCUUACAGUUGUGAUACUGCAUACAGAGUGUAUUUUACUAUAGUCAAGGUCUCACUGAGGUGGGCACUGAACUCAUACAUUCAGUCAUUUUUCAUAACUCAAAACAGUCAUCAUCACUUGUUACACAUGCUGCCUAACUUUGCGCUGGGAAUUUAUAUGUGUAAAGAAAACCAUUGGUUUAAAAAGUUCAUUCAUCAUGAAACAGCUCAGGAACAUUCAUUUAUAACCUUUUAUUGUGAAUUCAUGUAAAACUACAGUACAUGUGUUUGGGUCAAUGACCUAUAGCCACCACUUGUCAAGGGUGUGCGACCAAUUAUAUCAAUAAUUGUACUAAAUUAGAACUCAAUAAUAAUAGUAUCUCAUUUUUGUGGCUGAAAUAUGAAUCUCUGAUACAGUGGGGUUUUUUAAUCAGUUGUAUGCGAUUUUCACGAAUCUUCAAAAUUAUAAAAAUAUGAUUAAGAUGAUUACUUACCAAAACUCAAAGAAUGCAAAUACUUUGUGUAAACACUUGAAAUACUAAGGAUUUAUUAAAAAAUGUUGAGCAUGUCAAGGAAAUUAAUGAAAUGAUUUGAAGAUAAAUCAUAGUCGCACCACAUGACAUUUUUUGCUAUGGCCAAAUGGCAGUCGUGGCCUAAUGGUCAGAGAGUCGGACUCGUGACCAGAAGGUUGCCGGUUGGAUUCCCAGGGCUGGCGGGUAACUACUGAGGUGCCCUUGAGCAAGGCACCUUACCCCUACUUGCUCCCCGGGCGCUGCAGUGAUAGCUGCCCACUGCUCCGGGUGUACGUGUGGUCACUACUUGCUGUGUGUGUGUUCACUACUCUCUGGAUGGGUUAAAUGCAGAGGUCACAUUUCGUUGCCUUGUACUUGUACAUGUGCAAUGACAAUAAAGUUGAAUCUAAUCUAAUCUAAUAGAUGACAAUUGCUAAAAUCACUUAAUUUUUGAUCUGCAUUUAUGUGUCCACCAAAGUCUUAAUGUUCAAAUAACUGCAAUACAUAUGAUUAUUUAGUGGUAUUUUAAUGUUGUCAUUGACCCAUUUACAUCACUGAGACAAAAGGACAGAACAAAAUCUGAAAUUGACUGAUGAAAAAUCAAACAGGUUUCUUUGAAUCUAAGCAAAAAUUGACAAAAAACGUCCGGUGCAGUAAAAUGUGAAAUGUUCCUCACUGUACCCGCUCUGUGUUUCCAUCAACUCUGUGUUGUGGAUUUAACCACAUGUGUGUUUUCCUGAGAUAAAACAUCUUCUGUCUAUCAGAUUCUCUGUGUGGAGUAAGCAAUCCUCCUCAGUGCUCAGGUGAAGGAGAGGAGAGGAUGGGGAUCAAUACAGCUGACACAGCUCGCAUGUCAUGAAGGAACAUAAAGACAGUCAUGGCCAGCCUGUAAAAGUGCUGCGUGAGACCAGUUUAAUAAAUGAAAGAAGUUAGGUUAGGUUUAUUGUUUGUUUAUUGUUUGUCUAAAAUGGAGAUCCUGAUAUUAGUGCCAAAAUGCUUGUAAAAGCUGCACCAACCACUCUAACCAGUGAGCCAGACAACAAUAAUAAUAUUAAUAGAAAGAUGAUAUAUUUCAUGUGUUUUUAGGAGGACAUUUCAGGAGUCGGACAUUUCAGUCUGAGACGGACGGACUGACGGAUGGAGGGAUGAUGAUGAUUAUUUGUAUUGUGCUGUCAGAUCCCUGAAUCCAACUUUACUGUAGUCCAUGCACAAGAUGUCACUGAAAGGCCUGGGCCUCUCGUCUACAAAAACUCCUGCCAAACAAAUGUACUGUUACAUAAAUAGUGAAAUGUCGCACAAAAAUGUAAUACAAAUUCUAAAAUAGGAUUGGUCUGACCCUGCCGUUAACAUGACACCUGACUGUAAAUUGACAAAAACCAUCAAGAGAUUUUCUAAUGAAGAAAUAUUGACAUGUGUUUUAUGGCUCAACUCUAGACAUUUGUGUAUGGAAUGGGUUGUUUUUCUCCUGCACACAAAUCCACCGGAAAUGAAACUCCAUUAUUCUGACCAAUCAUAGCACAUUCUGCUUUCAAAUGUUCAUGUUUUUAAAAAAACCAGAUGUGUGUGAACUACUCACUGAUGCUGUUUUGCAAAGCAAAUCCCAGGAAGGAGGACUGUGAAUGUGAAGGCCGUUUUAACACAACAUCACUGUCACAGUCCGGUCUGCUGCAUCCCACAAAAAAAGUGAAAGAUUCAGCUUUUCCACGAAUAUUUGACAGAUUGUUAGAAUAAAAUCUAUUUCUUCUUUCUCUGUGCCUCUAUCAACCUCAUUGUUUUCCUCACUCUUGGAUAAAACGUCUGCCAUAUGACUGAAUGUAAAUGCAUUUAUGUAAAUGUAGUUGAAAAUGUAAAGCAGUGACACACAUAGUAAACUUCACAGGACAUGGAGUAUAUGUGUAUCAUCUUAAAUAACAUUUUGUUAGAAAUGACAAGAAAACGGUUGUACUAAACCUUUCACACAUUUAAAUCAAGCGAGAUGUUUUGAUUGGAUUGAUGGGGAAUGUGAGCUGAACGUGUGUGCGUGCGUAACCGGUUCU